AUGCCAUCAUUAAAAGAAGAAGUCCCUUUUGAAAGUCGAGUUGCAGAGACUCAUAAAAUUCGAGCAAAAUACCCAAACAGAAUUCCAGUGGUAUGUGAAAAAGCACAUAGAUCAAAUUUACCCGAAAUUGAAAAAAAGAAAUUUCUUGUACCUAUGAAUAUGUUAGUAGGUGAAUUUAAAUUUGUUUUACAUCAGCAUAUAAAUCAAAGUGCAUAUGGAAAUAAUAUGAAAUUGUUUAGAGAAAAAACUAUAUAUUUAUUUGUCAAUAAUAUUAUUCCAAAAACAGGGUUAUUAAUGCAAGAAUUAUAUGAAAUGUAUAAAGACGAAGACGGAUAUUUGUAUCUUGAAUACAGUUGUGAAAGUUGUUUUGGAUAA